AGAACGUCAGAUGCUGGACGAGUCGCAAUUGUUUUUAUUCGCCAGUACAGUUUAGAAAUUGAUCAUGAAUCGACCGUCAGCCAACGGAACUCAAUUGUGCGCCGUGUGUCGGGCGAAAGCCACGCAAAUUUGUUCGGGAUGUGGUGGAAUCGCUUAUUGCGCAAAAGAACAUCAGAAACAACACUGGUCGAUCCACAAAACCCAGUGCAAACCAUACAAGAUCGUUUACGAUGAGAAAUUUGGACGUUGCAUGAUGGCAUUGAAGAACAUCAAACCUGGAGAAAUUAUAUUUAAAGAAAAAGCAAUUAUGACAGGGCCGAAACAAGGUUGCCUACCUUGUUGUCUUACGUGUUACACGAGUCUGGAGAAUGUUGAAGAAGCCAGUCUCUUCCGCUGUUCUGGAUGUAAUUUCCCAUUCUGCCAAGAGAAAUGUGCCAAGAGCGCCGAGCAUCUUUCAGCAGAGUGCCUCAUUUUAAGUCGUGCCAAAUUACACAUCGACGACAUGAGCAAAUUUCAUCCGAUUUACCUUUGCAUUUUGCCGCUCAGGUGUCUUUCACUGAAAACCACACAGCCUCAAUUAUUUCAGGCAUUCAGCGAAUUGGAACACCACAACGACCUGCGUCGGCAGACAGAAAUGUGGGACGUCUAUCAAGUCAACGUCGUCGAAUUCCUGCGCACAAUGUGCGGCGUUGCCGACCAAUUCAGCGAGGAAGAGAUCCAUUCGGCUUGCGGAGCUCUCGACAUCAACUCGUACGAAGUGCGGCUGUUUGGACACAACAACAGAGAAGCAUUAGGUGUUUUUACGUUAGCAUCCAUGAUGUCCCAUAACUGCGUCUCCAACACGCAUCAUGUCAUCAAUUCAAAUUAUCAGAUGACCGUACGAGCCUCAGUUGCAAUCAAGGAAGGCGAGCAGAUAUUCGCUAGUUAUACUUUGCCUCUAGAAGGGACGAUCGUGAGGCGAUCUGUGUUGCGCCAGAGUAAAUUGUUUGAAUGCCAUUGUCCGCGUUGCUCCGAUGCGACGGAAUGUUCGACUUUCUUAUCCGCUCUACGUUGCCCGAAAUGCCCAACUGGCGCCGUAUUGCCCAUGCGGCCACUGGAAGAGAAAGACACGCCAUGGCAGUGUUCGCAAUGUCCCUAUCAGUUAACAGCUGCCAUAGUUAAUCGGUUAAUCAAUAAAAUCAAGGAAAAAUUCGAAGCUAUUGGACCUAACGACGUAGAAAAAUUCGAAGAAUUUCUCAGUCGAUACGCCCCCCUGCUUCAUCCGAAUCAUUACCUGUUCACGAACGCGAGGCAAUCGUUGAGUCAAUUGUACGGCAGAGAUGAACGUUAUUUACUCAAUACGUUAACGAUGGAACAGCUGGAACGUAAAGUCUCCAUCUGUCAACAACUGCUGGCUGUGGCGGACAUUGUCGAGCCUGGACUCACUCGAAUCAGAGGCGUGACGCUGUACGAAAUGCACGCCCCAAUGUUAUUGAUAGCAAGAAAGAUAUUUGAGGCGGGGCAUUGCACGCCCACUGAAUUUAAAGAAAAGGUUGAAACCGUUCGUAGUAUCUUAUCGGAAGCGACGAAGAUCCUCUCACUAGAAGAUCCAUCGUCAAGCGAAGGGGCCAUGGGUAUGGCAGCUGUUCAAUCCCUGUGCCAAAUUCAACGUUGGAUUCUCACCAUGUGACAAACGUGACAAGAAUGUCGUCUAGACCAGCAGAAUCCUCAAUGUCAAUACUGUCUACAAUUGUCUAUAACACAGCCUGCCUUUUGUUUAUAUACAGUCUAACAAUAGAAAAACGUAUUAACUAGAGGAUAACGAGAACAAUAAAUGACCUGUUGCUUAUUA